AUGGAUGAAUUCGACGAUAUCGCGCUAAGGGUACAACAAAAGCUUGACGAGACUUUUGCAGUACUCAGGAAACAGCCUUCUUUGGUUCGGCGUGACAGAGAUCUUCCUGAAUUACCAGAGCCUAAGCGUAUAAAGCUUUCGGACAAGUCUUUUCCCUUGGAGGCCGUUCAUAGGCCCCUAGAUCGGGAUGAUUUCCUGAAGCGACCAAAUUGCUUGGGUCCACUGGAAUGCGCAAAAUAUGGUUGGAUUAAUACAGAUCAAGACGUACUAGAGUGCAAGUAUUGUGGUAGUAAGCUUAUGGUGCGAUUACCGAAACCAGAGACUGUAAUAGGACGUAAUCCAAGCUAUUACACCCAAAUCGAACAAAUGGAAAAUCAAUUUGUCUUUCAACUAAAUUCUGCACAUAUUGUUGGUUGUCCUUGGCGGGAUCAACCAUGUGACGACUCCAUUUACAAGUUCCCGAUUAUGCAUCCAUCCGAAAUUCUUGAAGAUUUCAGAAAACGAGCUACAGCACUCAUAGAAUUGGGAGAUAAGCUGCCUGUCAUUGAUGUUGACUUUUCUGAGGAAUUAAUACAAACGAUCAUACAAGCACUUUCAUUGGACAAACCUGUUGAUGCAAAGGUUGCCCUAGCUGCUGGAUGCCUCUCAAUAUUUGGCUAUGAGCUGCAUAGCUCAAAGCUUGGAGAAAUGGCUUUGUGCAGAUUUUGCUUUAAUCGAGUGCCUUUACAUAUGUUCCGAAGUCUAAGAAGACAAAGAGAGCUUGGACUCAACGAUCAUCGAUUAAGAGGCGUUGUUUUAGUUGAUGGACUCGCUGUUGUCGCAAACAAUUCGGAUGACCGAGUUUUUAAUCUUCAACGUCAACACCAGUGGUGGUGUGCAUGGCUCACAGGAAACGGCAAAGAAAUUAAAGAAGUUACAGCAGAAGAACUAGAAAAUAGAAAGCCAGGCUGGCAUGUAACUCUAGAGUGUAUUAUAAAAUAUCCAGCUACUACUGGCACGGAAGAAGAUUCGAAACAGAAAGACGAUCGCGCAGAAAAUAUUCGUAAUAUACUAUCACCCAAGCGAAAACUAACAACUAAUCAGUCUACUAACGUUACUGAACGAGUGCAGCCAAAAUCCAUAACUAGACUUUCUGCAGGCAUAAGUAGCUCACAAAUAAUCGAAGAAUCACGGCAGAUGAAUACCGUAGGUAAUCUGGUCACAAUACCUAUGGAAGUGGAUCAGGAAAGUCACCAAUUGCCUGAGCAAUUUGAUCAAGGGAGUCAUCAAUUGCCUGAGCAGUCUGAUCAGGGGAGUCAUCACUUGCCUGAGAAGUUUGAUCAGGGAAGUAACCAAUUGCCUGAGCAGUCUGAUCAGGGGAGUCAUCAAUUGCCUGAGAAGUCUGAUCAGGGAAGUAACCAAUUGCCUGAGCAGUCUGAUCAGGGGAGUUACCAAUUGCCUGAGAAGUCUGAUCAGGGAAGUAACCAAUUGCCUGAGCAGUCUGAUCAGGGGAGUCAUCAAUUGCCUGAGAAGUCUGAUCAGGGACAAACCGUUUUGACGCCGGUUAACGAAAAUCUUCAAGACCAGAAUCAGGAAGCCGAUGAAAGUUUGCAGUCGUAUCUGCAGGUCGCUACGAACAACGAACAGGUUGUAUUUGAAGCGUCAGAUGAUCAUGAAGAACAAGAACUCAAUGAUGGACAACGACAACCUGCAGAAUUAGAGGGUAUAAUUGACACGCAGGAAAUAUUGGCUAGCAUGGGCGAUUUAGGAGCUAGUCCUGUGAUAUCAGGAGACACACCGUUGCCUUUUACUCCAAGUGCUCUCGAAAUACCAGACGUAUCAGAAGUAUCAUCUCUGGCAACCGUAAUGGUUGACGAUUCUGUCGAAGUUCAAAGUGGGCAAGUUACAACAGAAACCGCCCCACUGGGGAAUACGACCGAGAAUACGACAACCAGCUCACAGGUUCAUGAGGAUGAAGGAACGAACAAUGAGUUUGCUAGCAUAUCGACAGCCACAAUACAAGUUUCUGAAGUUGAACAAAGAGUUUCAAUGGAGAUGCCUGAUGAAGAAGAGGUCGAUAAGCCAGUAGAGAGGAUCGAUGAUUCUGCGGAAAACGAAGGAUAUUUUGAGGAAGAAGACCGGAUAGAACGAAUAGAGAGGGAAGACGAUGAUCAGCAGUAUGAUAACGACGAGGGAAAAGAAGUUGAACACAACGUAGAAACAGAAGAGGAAGAGUUAAUACACGAAGACAAAAAUGCAGUAGUCAUUGAUGAUUCCGAUGAAGAACCUGCUUCGCAAGUUAUGAUUGAAGAUGAAGAUUAUAGUCGGAACUCAACAGCAACAUUUCUUGAGGGCACUGUUUUUCCUGGACAAAUACUUGAUUUUCACCCUAACCAGUAUCUGACCGAAGAAAUAGUAAGGAUAGAAGAAGCACUAUAUGAACAUCAGGCGGAUUUUGGCACUGAAGAUAACGGUACACCUUUACAUUUCGGCGGUCAUCUGCAGGAUGACCGUUCUACUCCCGAUAAUUGA